AUGAACAAGAGUGCGCAAGGGGAGGGUGAGACGGCACAGUCGUUAGAAGAGGCUGACGCGCUGGCGAGGAGUCGGAAAAAAGUGAGAACAGGCGAUGCGGUAGUGGUGUACGGACGUCCGGUGGUCCCACGUGAGGAGGAGUGGAUGACUGAUGAUACGGGGCCUAUGGAGUCAGAGACUCCAAGGAAAUCGUACCGUGAAGCGUGUGCGAAUACUGAUGGGCUGAGCAGUGAAGAUGAGGAGGAAGAGGGAUGGUGGUUCGAUGAGGGGUGGCGAAGAAGACUGAAAGUCGAGAACACGGACAGGGGACCCAAUGUAAUUGUGUUACCUGAGUUCAAAAAGAAGCUUGCGAGGAAGUGGAGACUCACGCUGUUCGUUAGAUUGUUAGGACGGAUGGUUCGUGAAGACUAUCUGGGAAUGAAACUACAGCAGAUUUGGGGGCAUAAUGGUGAUGUCGAGAUGUUGGAGUUUGGUGCAGGAUACUUCAUUGUUAAUUUCAAACACCAAGAUGACUAUGAGUUCGCAUUAACUGGUGGACCAUGGCUCAUACUGGACCACUACCUAGCAGUGCAACCAUGGAAGCCAGACUUUGAUCCUGUUGAGGAGGAAGUUUCGAAGAUUGCAGCUUGGGUGAGGAUUCCGCAGUUCCCUUUGGAUUAUUAUGAUCUGGGUGUUCUCUAUGUAGUUGGUAAUCAAAUCGGUCGAGUUCUGCGUGUAGACAGGAAUACUGAACAUCGGUCAAAGGCACGCUUUGCAAGACUUUGCGUUGAGCUAGACCUUCAAAAGCCAUUACUACUAGCUAUUUUGAUCAAUGGAAAAGAGAAGAAAAUCGUGUAUGAAGGGUUGCACCUUAUAUGCUUUGGUUGUGGCAAGUACGGUCAUGACCAAGACCAUUGUCCUAGUCGUCCCGAUGAGAGCUGUGGUCAAGGCAAAGAUAGUCGUAAUACAGGAGCUAAACCCACGACGGCGCCGUCAUACCCAGAACGAGAGAAAGGCACACCGUAUGGUGGUUGGAUGGUGCAGGCGUCUCGCCGCAAUCAGCGGCGCCAGUUUCGGUUUCCAAAUCGCAGAAGCCCCGAUAAUCAAGAGGUUCAAGGUGCUGAAAAUCAGGGGAAUAGUAAUCAAGGAGGAAUGGGAUCCCGAUUCUCAGCCUUAUCGACGGAAGAAGAUAAUGUAUCACAGAAUGAGAAUCACGUAAGGAUGUUGGGCAAUCAGAUGCAUGAUACUACUAAUGAUUUGAAAGCUAAAAAUAAGGGGAGCAAAUCACGUGGAAUACCAGUGGGACCCAAAUCAAGGGCUAUAAGUGGGAUUACCCCUAAAGAAAAAGAUACGGGCCAUAAUAAAGCAAAAGUUAGCCCAAUGGAGGAGCACACACGGGUCAGAGCACAAGUGGACUUGUCUAAGGAAAAUAUCAGGAGUAUGGCUUCAUCGUCUUCAGCCUUAGUACCUGUCAUGUCCGAUAUUUCAAAGGUCCACGCUACGCACAUGGAGACCAAGUCCCACGCAAUUAUUCCCUACCAAGAAAUUGCCUCGUCAUCGGUUAAUCCGGUGGCAAGUAAUCCCAUUGACCCAGGUGCAGAAGCAGGGGAGGGGUGCAUUAUUCGUUCAAAUCUGUUGUUAGAAGGUGGAACUGAGGAUACUGUCGUGCUCGAUGCGGCAACAAGCGAGGCCAAUAAGGAACUUGUAGACACCCGAGGUUUUGGUGGUGGGAUCUGGGUGUUCUGGAGUGAUUCUUUUGAGUUCUCAGUGGACUAUAAAACGGACUACUUCAUGCAUGGUACAGUAAAUAGAGGUAAAAAUGAUGAGUGGGCUCUUACCAUAGUAUAUGGGGACCCGAGAUACUGCAAACGUCGUUUCCUUUGGCAAGGACUCCAAGAUUUAACUCGCGUCAUUUCAGGUUGUUGGGUUGUGGCCGGUGAUUUCAAUGCUACUCUUCUCCAGGAGGAUCGUCAAACACUGACAGGUAGAUAUGUGCCUCCUGAGACAGCCUUUUGUAGAUGGGUAAUGGCUAGUGAUAUGCGAGAUAUUGGGUUUAGCGGACCCAAGUUUACUUGGCGUAGGGGAGCUAGUGCUAGCCGUAUUGAUCGGGUUCUAGUGAACUAUCAAUGGCACGACACUUUCAUGAAUGCCUCUGUGAUUCACCUCCCCAUGUAUAAAUCGGACCACUGCCCUCUUCUAGUCAAAAUGGUAUCCUCAGCUAGGUCUGCAGCACGCAAUCGGCCCUUUCGGUUUCUUGCUCCUUGGGUCAUGCAUGAACAGUUCUCCCCUUUCGUUAGAACAACGUGGCCUCAACAAGGGGAUUGGGCGGAAAAUAUUCCCAAGUUUACCAAGGAGCUCGUUCGAUGGAAUAGAGACGUAUUUGGGAAUAUUAACAAGAGAAAGGAACAGCUACAUCGACGCCUAGAACAUCUUGACAGGAGGACCACUUACACGGGGUCUACUAUCCGCCUAGAACAGACUCGAAGGGAGUUAUGGGUGCAGUUAGAGGAAGUACUUGCUCAGGAGGAAGUUAUGUGGUUGCAAAAAUCACGGUGCAACUGGUACCAACAUGGUGAUCGAAAUACACGCUACUUCCAUAGUGUGGCUAAUAGUAGACGCCGGAGAAAUAGAAUCGAGGCCCUCAAGCUUGAUUCAGGAGAAUGGUCUUAUGAUUCCAAAGUGAUUAUGGAAAUGGGUACAAAGUUUUUUUAG